AUGGCCCUUUGGGGAGCAGACCUACCCUUCGACAUCUCCUCGAUAUUCGAUGUCUUGGGCAUCGACAAAGACCUGUCCUCAUUAAAGUCUUGUUCCUUAACUCACCGAACCUUUCGCCCACUAUGCCAACGGCACAUCUUCUCCACCGUCGCCUUUGUCCCCCAAGACCCGCGCUCGUACACUGGCAUGGACGACGUUAUCACCGCUCUGGAGUCAUUCGCUCAUGUGGUUCACGAUAAUGCCAUAUUGGCUACCUAUGUCAAGGUCCGGGACCUCUGCUUUCAUCCAGAUGAGGCCGAUGACCCUAUCAUUCCCCUCGUGGUGGAGCGGCUCCCAAAUGUUCAGGACCUUACGUUGCGGCCUAUUAUAGGCGGUAUUGACUGA